GCGAUUUAUCUGGGCCUACUCCUUGUUUUCUUUGGGAAUAUUCCGUGUUUCCAGUCUGCUGCUCUCAUCUCUCCCUCUGUACCGAGGAGGAACAGGGAAGCCAGGAUCUCCCAUCCGGGCGCGCAAAGGUCAUCCAAACUUCUAAAAGACAUAUUGACGUAUUCGCAGCCGGCAGCAGGACAUCACAAACACGAGCCAAAGGACGCGAUUGUGCCGCAUGAAUACAUGCUCUCCAUAUACAGGACGUACUCCGCAGCGGAGAAACUGGGACUAAACGCAAGCUUUUUCCGCUCCUCUAAAUCUGCAAACACCAUAACGAGUUUUGUGGACAGAGGAACAGACAAUCUUUUGCACUCUCCUCUGCGAAGACAAAAGUAUCUGUUUGAUGUCUCAACCCUUUCAGAGAAAGAGGAGCUGGUCGGGGCGGAACUGCGGAUUUUCAGGAAGGCGCAAGGGACUGCGCAAAGGUCGGGGAUCUAUGACAUCCAGCUCUACCCCUGCCGCUCUGACAGACAGCUGGAUUCCAGGUCUCUGGACCCAAUGGAUUCCGCCACAUCCGGCUGGGAGGUUCUGGACGUAUGGGACGCGUUUAAAGCACAUCGGCAUCAUCAUCAGCAGCGCCAGCUCUGCUUCCAGCUCAGGGUCACUCAGGGUCAGACCGAGGUGGACCUGAGGCAGCUGGGGCUGGACCGGAGCGGCCGAACCCAGCAGGAGAAGGCCAUCCUUGUGGCCUACACCCGCUCCAAGAAGAGGGAGAACCUGUUCAAUGAGAUGAAGGAGAAGAUCAAGUCGCGGAGGUCGGUUGGUGAAAAGGAGGAGAAGCCGCGCACCAGGGGGUUUAAAGGAGAGGGGCCCCGGCGGCGGAGGAGGACGGCGCUGAGCAACCGGCACGGAAAGAGACACGGAAAGAAAUCCAGUUCCCGGUGCAGCAAAAAGCCGCUGCACGUGAACUUCAAGGAGUUGGGCUGGGACGACUGGAUCAUCGCGCCGCUGGGCUACGAGGCGUACCACUGCGAGGGCGUGUGCGACUUCCCGCUCAGGUCGCACCUGGAGCCGACCAACCACGCCACCAUCCAGACUCUCAUGAACUCCGUGGACCCCUACAGUACCCCUCCGAGCUGCUGCGUGCCUACCAAGCUCAGCCCCAUCAGCAUCCUCUACACGGACUCGGGUAACAACGUGGUGUACAAACGGUACGUGGAGAUGGUGGUGGAGCAGUGCGGCUGCAGGUAGCGGGCGUCACACUCUCUCACACACACAUCCACACAGGAACAAAAGACAAAUCGGUGUAAACGUAAAGUCCGGUUGGGCUGAAGAUAAAAACAAUCCUCACGGAGGUCUGCUGAGCUUUACGCGCCUUGGUUUUGUAUCCAAAACGGAUGCGCAGGAGGCUCUAUCUAUUUAUUCAGACUUUCUCACGUCCACUCAUCCGCUUUAGAGCGAUUCCCUCCAGUUAUCACCGAACAGACGAGCCCAGCCCGGUCUGACACGAGGAGCAGGCUGCAGGUCGGAGGGUAACCUGCUGCUGUGAGGAGAGCAGCUGCGCUCUGGUCUGAUUCCCACAGCUGGGGCCACAACAGGCCCGAAUCAGGGCCCGUGUUCCCACACAGAUGCAUGAACACAAGGACUGAACGAUUAAUCCACCAGACUAAGGGGAGAAGAUGGAAAUGCCUUCAAGAGAUUUGACUUCUCUGACGAUGGAAAUAUGAAAAAGGAAUAAAAAACUCGAGAGGAUAUUUAAAUGCACAUUAGCUUUGAAUGCACUGCUGUUCAUUAUUAUUGUUGAGCUGUAAAUAUUUGUACAUUUUAAAACUUUACAAAGUGCAACGAAAUGAACAAACAGCAUUUCCUUGUAAAUAUACAAAAAAUGCACUCAAAUCGGUAUAUUGUCUACUCUAUAAUUAUUUUAUUAUUUGUGAUGUACAGAAGGUCCAUGAUAAUCAUUUAUUGCUUACGUUGAUGAAAGUAAUUUAAAGCGUCUCCAUUAUUUUUUGUAUUUUUGUAGAGGGUGGAAGAUACCAUUAUUGAUGUCUACCUCAUAAAUGGGAUCUGAGUUUGAGGUGCAUUUAGUUAGAGUAAAGAGCUUUUUACAAUGAUAUAUAAGAUCACUUAUAUACAUUUAUUAUUGGAUACUAAUCCACACCAUUGUUGUACAAAUAAAAUUCUAAACAAAG